AUGUUUAGUUAUUUUAGAAAAAGUCAACAAAAAGUUGAAGAAAAUCAAAAUGGUGGUGGUGGUGAUGGUAGAGGUAGUGGUAUAAAAGUUGAGUUACAAACAAAUAUUAAUAGUAGAGAUUUAAAGAAUGAACAUUCUGAUCCAAAAUUUAAAUUCUCUCCAUUGAGAUCAACAGAUGUUCAUCUUGAAGAUUAUGAUAAUGAAAAAUAUAAAUUGAAAUUCAUUCAAAUCGUAACUAGACAUGGCAGAAGAACACCAGAAUCAAAUAGAACACCAUUAACAAUGUGGAUGUGUAAUUCAAUGGAUCAUUUAAUCUCAAAUAAAGAUUCACCAAGACCAAAUUGUAAUCCAGGUCAAUUAACUGUACUUGGUAUAGUUGAUCAAAUUAAUGUUGGUAAAAUUUAUAGAAAAUUAUUUAUUGAUCAUCUUGGUUUCCUUGAUUCUCAAUAUAACAAAGAUCAAAUCUUUAUUAGAUCCACAAAUACAACAAGAACAAUUUCUUCUGCCAGAUCUUUAAUGCAUGGUCUUUAUGGUGGUUCAUUUACUGAUGAACAAGAGAAAUCACCACAUCAUUCUUCAUUUUUAGUGAAACCAGAUAAUGAAGAGAAUAUGUAUCCAAGAAAUUCAAAAAAAUUAGUAUUUUUAAAAAAUUUAAUUAAACAACAUCCAAAAGUUAUUAAAGAGAAUCAAUUAAGUGAAUUAGAAAAAUUUACUGAAAAAAUUAAUAAAAUUUUUGAAAAUAGUAAACCAGAAGAAUCAAGUUUUAGAGCUAGAGGAUUUAGAUCAUAUGCAGGAUUAGUGAAUUCAUUUGAUUGUUUUAGAAAUAAUGGUUUACCAAUUCCAAAAGGAUUAACAAAAGAUAUUAUUCAAAGAAUGUAUGAAGAGAGUGCAAAAGAAUUUAAGAGUGCAAGAUAUUUCCCAGAGAUGUCGAUAUUGGGUAUUGGUAGAUUCGUUGAUGAUUUAAAUAAAGAAUUAAAAUUGAAAGCACGUAAUGAUCCAUCAGUAAAAGAUUUAAAACUUUCAUUAUAUUCAGGUCACGAUACUACAUUGGCAGCAUUAUUAGUGGGUUACGAUAUGUAUGAAGAUAAAAUUCAUCCAGUGACUUCAUCAACUUUAGAAUUCCUUUUAAUGCAAGAUAAAGAUUACAAAGAACCAGAAGUUGUGAAAAUCACAAAAUCAAUCGAAAAGGAAUUAAUCAAUCAUCAAUAUGUUAAAGUUAUCUAUAAUCAUAAACCAAUUCAUAUUGGACCAUGUAAAGAUAAAGAGGUAGAUGGUAUGUGUCCACUCUCUGAAUUCCUUAAAAUCUCACAAUCAAUCAUUCCAACAAACUAUGAUGAACAAUCAAAACUUACUCAACUUGAUAAAAAAAGAUAUUUAUCAUUAAUUGAAGAUUAA